AUGAAGAAGCAAAAUGUGCGGACCCUGUCUCUUAUCCUCUGCAUGUUCUCCUACCUGCUGGUGGGCGCUGCGGUGUUCGACGCACUGGAAUCCGAGACGGAGAGCUCCCGCCGACGCAUCCUUGAGCUGAAGCGCACUGAGAUGAAGAAGAAAUACCGCUUCUCCGAGGACGACUACCGGGAGAUCGAGCGGGUGGUGCUGCAAGCGGAGCCCCACCGCGCCGGGAGACAGUGGAAAUUCGCCGGGUCUUUUUACUUUGCCAUCACGGUCAUCACCACCAUUGGCUAUGGCCAUGCAGCUCCAGGCACAGAUUCAGGGAAGGUCUUUUGCAUGUUCUAUGCUGUGCUGGGCAUCCCGCUCACCCUGGUCAUGUUCCAGAGCCUGGGCGAGAGGAUGAACACGUUUGUCUGCUAUCUCCUGCGCAGGGCCAAGCAGUGCCUAGGGUUACGGAGGACUGAGGUGUCCAUGGAGAACAUGGUCUUGGUGGGCUUCCUGUCCUGCAUAGGCACCCUGUGUGUUGGGGCAGCAGCCUUCUCCCACUAUGAGGCCUGGACCUUCUUCCAUGCCUACUACUACUGCUUUAUCACGCUCACCACCAUUGGGUUUGGGGACUUUGUGGCCCUGCAGAAGAAGGAGGACCUCCAGGAGAAGACGCCCUAUGUGGCCUUCAGCUUCAUGUACAUCCUGGUUGGACUGACAGUGAUAGGAGCCUUCCUCAACCUGGUAGUGCUGCGCUUCCUCACCAUGAACACAGAGGAUGAGAGGAGGGACGCCCAGGAGAGGGCCUCCAUCAAGAGAGAGAGGGGCCUGCUGACCAUGGGGCUCCAUGGAGGAGGACCAGGGCAGGGCAGAGGAGUGCUUAGGAUCAGGGAGAGGGACAGGAUGGGGCAGAGCCGCAGUCACAUCAAUCUUUUCCUGCCCAUGGAGGAGGGCACUAGCCGCACCAACCUCAUCUCCUCUCCAGCAGAGGAGCAGGAGGAUAGGGACAGGGGUGCCCCCUGCAGGCAGAGGCUGCAUUUACAGCUGCAUGGCACUGGCAGACGAAGGCCAGAGUCUCCCCUGGGCUCCUUGUGUUCCUGUAUGUGCUACCGUCUGGAGGUGUGUGAGAGCCCCCUGCCUUCCCACAGGGAGCACCCUGGGUGCAACAUGAACUCGGUCUACUGCAACUCCAUCUCUUACAGGAUCCAGAGCUGGAGCCCCAGAGACAACACAGGACUGUCGUCCCCAGGCAGCACACUCUCGCUUGGGCACAACUUCAGGGAGUACCCCUGCUGCCGGAGGAAGUCAGUGUAG